AUGGGCCGCGCCUUCUCCCUGGCCGACUGCGAGGCGGUCGGCUUCGACCUGGACCACACGCUGUGCCGCUACCGCCUGCGGGAGAGCAGCCAGGAACUGACUCCAGCCAUUAUUAGAAGCAGACGUUCCUACGACACAAAGGGUUACAUUUCUGGAAAUGUCACCUUUUGUGUUAACUCUUCUUUCCCUCUUAAUUUGCAGCUCGUAUAUGCAAGCUUUGCUCAGUACAUGGUAACAGAAAAAGGUUAUGAUAAAGAACUGCUGGAUGUACCAUUGGAAAGCUGGGAUUUCUGCUGCAAAGGCCUCGUCUUGGAUAUGGAAGAUGGGAACUUUCUUAAGCUUGCACAAGAUGGAACUGUUUUGAGGGCAAGCCAUGGUACAAAACACAUGACCUCAGAGGAGAUCCUAGAGAAAUAUGGAAGAAAAGAAUGGAGACACUUUAAGACCAUGAAUGGAAUGGUUUCUCGUUCAGCUAAGUAUUAUGUCUACGAUAACUACUUUGACCUGCCAGGAGCUCUUCUUUGUGCACGGAUUGUGGAUAGUUUAAACCACAACAGCGCUAGCCAGAAAUUCAACUUUUGGAAAGAUAUGGUCGCUGCCAUUCAGCAUAACUAUAAAACGUCAGCUUUUAAAGAAAACUGUGGAACAUACUUUCCAGAAGUGAAACGAAAUCCAGAAAAAUAUGUACAAAGUUGCCCUGAGUCUGUGAAAAAGUGGCUAAGAAAACUGAAGAACAGUGGGAAGAUUCUCCUAUUAAUUACCAGCUCCCACAGUGACUACUGCAGACUCUUAUGUGAGCACAUCUUAGGGAAUGACUUUGCAGAGCUUUUUGACAUUGUGAUCACAAAUGCCCUGAAACCUGGUUUCUUCUCUCAGCCACCGAAUCAGAGACCUUUCCGGACACUCGAGAAUGAUGAAGAGCAAGAGACCCUUCUGUCCUUGGACAAACCUGGCUGGUACUCCCAAGGAAACUCAAGUCAUUUGUAUGACUUGCUGAAGAAGAUGACUGGCAAAUUAGAACCAAAGGUUGUUUACUUUGGAGACAGCAUGCACUCGGACAUUUUCUCUGCCCAUCACUACAGUAACUGGGAGACUGUGCUCAUCUUAGAGGAGCUCAGAGGGGAUUCCAUUAUGGCACCUUCAGAGACAGAAGCGGAGCCCUUAGGGAAAAAAGGAAAAUAUGAGGGACAUCAUCCAAAAUCUCUUUAUGCCAUUUCUAAACAAUGGGGUUCUUUCUUUGUGGAUACAGUUUCAGCAGCAGAAGAUGCAGCAGAAACCUUAGUCAAAACAUGGUCUUGCAAAUGUGUUAGUGCUUAUAGUACCAUCACCAUUCCAAGUAUUGAAUCAAUAGCAGAUUUACCUCUGGAUUAUAGAUUCACCAGAUUUUCUUCAAAAAACUCAAUCACUGCUGGCUACUUCCCCAAGCCUCCAAGAUCUUUAUCCAUUCAUCAACCAAUGGCUACCAAAUAGAUUGUCUCUAAAG